AAAGACAUUCAUACAAGAUGAGAGAACAUGUUAAUGCAUUCUAAGGGGAGGAGUAACACAGUGACUAUGAAAAGCUUGGAAACUCUUUACAAACUGGUUCAGUCAAACCAACAGCAACAGCCACAAUAGGUCAGUUUAAACCCAGCCAAAGAGAAUGAGUGCUGAUGGAACCAAAAACCCACCUCCCUAUAUCAUACCAAUAGAGAACAAGGGUGACGUCAAGGUCUACCAUGUGCACACACCGUUCACCCCACAAAGCUCCACCAUCGGUGAAACGCGAAUGGAAUCAGCCAGACCUGUUCAAGCCCCGUCAACUGAUGCCAAGAACAAAUUCAUCGGCUAUGAUUCGUACGAGCUGGGUCGCAAUCCAGGAAUGGCCAGCUGCACUACCUGCCAACAGCAAGUCUUAACCAAUGUCACCUACAAAGUGGGAUAUUACGCUUGGUUGAUGUGCUUGCUUUUCAUCCUGUGCGGGUUUGUUUUGUUCUGCUGUCUGAUUCCAUUCUUUGCCAAGUUUUUCAAAGACGUCUAUCACACAUGCCCGAAAUGCAAUAAGAUCAUCCAUAUUGAAAAGAAGCGAUGUUGUUCGUGAUUCCAACCCUAUUUCACUUUGAGUGAAAGGAGGUCACUCUGGCUGAGGGGGUCACAUUGUUUACCUACUGACCUGUUGGAGCAGCACACUAUAUGAAGGACACUUUCAGACCAUAAUGGAUGUCAUCUAGUAAAAACUUUUGCAACCUUUGUAAUUGAAAACCAUUUAGCUGCGCACCUGAUUUAGUUUCUUUCUUGUAACCCAUUUUACAUUCACAAAAUGAAUAUGAAUACUCAGGGUUUUGAUUGUUUCUAGAUUUUUUUCUAUUUAUUGGUAAAGGCCUCAGGGUUAGGGGUUAAGAGUGGUUAAGGUGUCCAUCCACCUUUGUGACAAUAACAAAAUCAAGAAACUUUGCUUGCACAAGACAGAGUCUUUGAUAAUUACCACAUCCACUGAAAUAAAAUGUCAUGUCCUGAGAUGUCCCAUUAGACAUAUAGGGACUGGUCAUUGAUAAUUCUGCAUAAAGUUUUUUUUUUCGUAAUUGAAAAUGAUGUUGACAAAGUCAAUCAGACAUACAGUUCAUUCAAUUGGAUAUUCAAUCUAAAUGUCAAAAGUCACGUGUAAUUAUCACAACCGGUGUUUUUCAUCUACCGAAAUAUUUUUAUUAUGGUGUAUUUUUGGUUUUGUCAACUGAACAUUCGACAAGGUAUUUAAAAGUACAACCCAUUGCACAGACAGAACUUCUGUCCCUCACACCCUCGUUGUAAUCACCAAAACAUAAUUAUGAUGUCUACACUAAACCUUAAAGGGGUCAUGACAUGCCUUUUAUUAUUUUAAUAUGUUCCUUGAAGUUCACUUAUAAUUAGUAAAUAGUUUUCCCCCAAAAAAUAUAUUUGUAAAACAUGAUUAUUUUCCACCUUCAUUUUGAUCCUCUGUCAGAAGCGCUCUGUUUUGGUGCUGUUUCUCCAUUAAGACUUGAAAGUAAACACCCACUGUUAUGAUUGGCUCUAUUCUCUUGACUGACCUGCUCUCUCCUUGCCAUCUCAAUGCUAAACACAACUGGGCGGGGUUAUGGAAGUGAGAAGGGGUGUGUCUCAAUCAGCUACCCAGCUCAGUAGUCAGGACACUGAUCAAAAACGUUAGCUCCCUAAAAAAUCCCACAAUGCACUUUAAAAACCAGGGAGCAUUGUUGCUCACUAUGUUCACUUAUCGGAAAUGUUGUCAUGUCUUCUGAAGUCUCAAGUCUUUGGCGAUGAGCACAAGUGUAAAAUUAUGAAGUCUUGUUUUCCCUUUAGAGAUGUCUUUCAUUCAUAUUCACCAUGAAAGUGAAACAAUCUAUUAAAUAUUUGAGUUAUUAAAAGGUUUAAAAUACACUCCUAUAUAUUUGUAUUUCUUUAUACAUUUAUCUGUUAUAAUAACAUUACGUUUGAAUAUCUUCAGUGAAAACGAACAAUAGGUAAUUAAACAGUGAUGUUGUUGAUUAAUACCUUCAAUAUGUGUGUUGCUUGUGAUUGAGUCAUAAGUGUUUCAAUGUUCAGUGGAUGAAUUCCCAGUACACAAAUUCAUGUCAGGAUAUACUAAUUCAGGACAUAUGGAGCUGAUUGAGAAAAAGGGAAGGUAAUGUAGGCGUUGAUGUGUUGUUGUGGAGGCGGUCUAAUGCAAAUUACUACCACAGUGUGACAUCACAAUGUGAAUAUGAUGUUGGGAAUGAGUCGUUUUGGCAGUUUGGAUUCAACAAAUGCCGGGAGGACGUUUUUAAUUCUGAAAUUAACAGUAUAGUUUUAUAGUACAAUGACCAUUUAAAUGUCAACAGAUUAAGGGACAUUUGAUUCAUGUCAUGACCCCUUUAAUUGUUUAAAUGCACACAUUAGUAGUUUUCGUUAAUAUUGCGCUGGUUAACAUGACCAUACAUGGACUCUUGUGUCGUAUAUGUAGCAUACAUUUUUCAGUUACCAAUGCAUUUGUACAAAUGCUCUAUUUGCAAUCAGCCAUGAUUAAUGUAUUCCGUGAACUAAGGUGUUGUUGAAAAAUAAGGGUUAAUGAAAUAAAGCGAGUAAUAGCCGCCUGGUCAUUAGACAAAUCUGCACCCACGUGGCGACCCGCUCCAUGUAACUUAAAACAAACUAUAUUGGGCAACAGAUACGACUUGUCAUCUCAUGUGGGUGUACAUAAUUUUAAAGAUUUUUCAAAAGUACUUAUCUGUUUGUGUAAAAGUUUUCUAAUGCGAAAAAAUAAAUCAGACCUUUACGUCAAAUAACAAUGGAUAUCACAUUGUCAAAGCUUACAUUCCAUAUUGCUCAAUAUUAAGUAUUAUUACUCAAUUCUUCAUUUAUGUAACAAUUCUCUCUGAAUCUCUUAUCAGGAAUGUCCAUAAAGUCCAUUUAAAUAGAGCUGUUGUAAUAAUAAAAAUACAGUGUGCAAUACCUUAAUAACAACCCAGUAGUCUUUGUAUACACAUUACAAUGUACUUUAAAGCAAUAGUUUACCCCAAAAUUUAAAUUCUAUCAGUUUUUACUUUGCAUUACAAACAUGUAUUACUUACUUCUGUAGAAAUGGCUCUUACAGCCUUAGUCACCUUUGUCGCCUUCUCAUUUGAGUCUUGCAGGCCACAAUUCCCCAUAGACCAUGGCUUUAGCUUUUAUAGAAAAUUUUAUUCAACAUACAUUUUCCAGCAAAAAGGCAAUAUACAGGAAGAGUUGCUGCUACACGGAGGAAUUAGGACUGGAAAAAAAUCAAAAAGAAAGACGUGAUCUGCAGGUCAUCUGUGUACUGCACUUAAACAAGACAAACUGUUGCAAUUAGUUAAGGAAAAAGAAAAUAAAGACCAAAUGAAACUGCCAGGAUCCAAAAUAAAACUACACACAAUGAAUAUGAACAUCUGAACUGAUCUGUACCCAACAAAUCUGUGUUUUUCAUUUUACAUGUUCAUUUGUUAAAUAUACAAUUUAAAUGGUUUUUACAAAGCCAACUAUCCACUAGAGAGCAUUCCUUCUGUGCUUAAACAAAAAAAAACGUUGGUAUUGGUUCAUUAAUGCUGGUUUCUCUCUGUCCUGAACCAGUCUACUAUAUGUCUGCAGCCUCAUGCCAACAAACAGUACAAUGAAUCUGGAGCCGUCAGUACACGACCCCUCCCCUCCCUAUCAGAACAAUCCCACAGCAACUGACAGAGGAGCUGAAGGGACAAACAAUUCAUGGGGAAAAAAAGAGUGAGAAACCCAAAGGGAUAUGCAAAUCAAACUCCAACCAAAGAUUACAUUUAACAGUGCUGUGAAAUGUAAAACCUCUGAUAUUAAGUGCCAACGUGCAAGAUGAAGUACAGACAAUUUAAUUUUCAUUUAUUUUUAAAACGGAUGCUGUGGCUCUUUAUUUUAUUAUACAGGAUUUUCCAGAGAAGACAAACUGAAUUUCUCCAACCAAACUAAGUGAGAAAGAAUUGUGUAAACAUGACAAUUGACUAGUUGCACUAAGGGACCAGAAAAUGAGACAACCAUGUCAGGGCAACUAGCAAAAGCCUCAGCCAUAUGCAGCGAUUUUUGCUGAAGGAUGGAGAUAUCCUUUUCAUCUUCUGCAAAAAUUACAAAACUCCUCCAUCCCCAUCUCUUCCACCUCACAAUGCAGCAGCUAUCUUGCCGUAACAAUUCUUUUAAAACAAAAUUAAAAAGAAAAAAAAAAAAAAAAAA